GAAAAGCUUUCGGACAGAAGCUUGAUAGAAAAAGUUACCCAAACAGGGGGAUGUGUUCAGUUCCUUGUGUGAGCAGAGCAGCAGAAAGAGAAAGUUCCAUCCCAUCACAUUCACAUGUCCAGUCCUGCAGCCUUGUAAUUCCUAAUUCACCGAAAAUUGCAUUUGCAUGGCAGCGAAAUCCGAGAAAUCGAAUGUGCAGGCAUCAUCAUCCUCCUCCUCCUCCUCCUUCUCCUUCUCCGCCAAAGUGCAUCCUUCUGAACUGGAUCCCAACCACAACAACCACAACAACAACAACUCCUCCUCCUACUCUCUCGAGAAAUUCAAACUCUACGAAACCCGUCAGAGAUUUUACCUCAUCGGAAGCGAUCGGAACAAGAGGGUAUUCCGCGUCUUGAAGAUCGACCGUAGUGAGCCCUCUGAUCUCAACAUAAGUGAAGACCCAGUGCUCUAUUCCCCCAAAGAAAUCAAAAACUUGCUCCAGCGUAUCGAUGAGGGCAAUCGUGCCACCGGCGGCCUCACCCCUGUCGCUAAGGUCUACGGUAUUGCCGGUUGCAUCAAAUUUCUGGAGUCUUAUUAUCUGAUUCUCGUCACUAAGCGUCGCCAAAUUGGGAGUAUUUGUGGUCACGCCAUUUAUAGCAUUGAUGAGAGCCAGUUAAUCACAAUUCCUCAUGUCUCAGUUCAAACUGAUCUGGCACAUUCUAAAACUGAGCUAAGGUACAAGAAGCUUUUAUCCAGUGUUGAACUGACCAAAGAUUUUUUCUAUAGCUACACCUAUCCCAUCAUGCAAAGUUUGCAAAAAAAUGUGCAUUUUAUGGGUGAGCAAGGGAUGCCAUAUGACAACAUAUUUGUGUGGAAUGCUCAUCUAACAGAAGCAAUUAGAUCAAGAUGCAAUAACACUAUCUGGACGAUAGCUUUAGUUCAUGGGGAUUUUAAGCAGACAAGGCUAUCAAUUUUUGGGAGGGACUUCAGUGUUUCUCUGGUUUCAAGACGCUCUCGACAUUUUGCAGGGACACGGGAAGGACUGAAGGAGGAGGAGCAACAAACCAGUUACUUGAAAAGGGGAGUUAAUGAUCGUGGAAGGGUUGCAAAUGAUGUUGAAACAGAACAGAUUGUCCUUGAUGAGGAAGUUGGGUCACGCAAGGGAAGAAUGAGUUCUGUUGUUCAGAUGCGUGGCUCAAUUCCCCUUUUCUGGUCGCAAGAAGCUUCAAGAUUUAGUCCUAAACCUGAUAUAAUCUUACAGAGAUAUGAUCCCACAUAUGAGGCAACCAGAUUGCAUUUUGAAGACCUGGCAGGGAGAUAUGGCAAUCCAAUUAUUGUUCUUAAUUUAAUAAAGACCGUUGAAAAGAGGCCAAGAGAAAUGAUGCUAAGGCGCGAGUUUGCACAUGCGGUUGGGUAUCUGAACCAGAUUCUUUCAGAAGAAAAUCAUCUUAAAUUUAUUCACUGGGACUUUCACAAGUUUGCAAAGAGCAAGUCUGCCAAUGUUUUGGCUGUUUUGGGUGCUGUGGCAAGUGAGGCACUGGAUUUGACUGGUUUUUACUAUAGUGGUAAACCUACAACUUUUAAGAGGGCCAACAAAAUUAGUCGGACAAGCACAGGAAGGGAUGCUUCGCUUAGAGAUUUAAGAGCUAAUUCAACGGACCUAGCUAUGAUUGGAAGCUGUAAUGAUAAUCUAAAUUCUUUAGUUAAUCGAGACAGAGAGACUGAUUUUAAUCAACAGAAUGGAAAAAAUAAUUGUGGUGGGGAAGCACCUCGUUUUCAAAGUGGAGUUCUGCGCACCAACUGCAUUGACUGCUUGGAUCGCACAAAUGUUGCCCAGUAUGCUUAUGGCCUUGCAGCUUUAGGCCGCCAACUUUAUGCAAUGGGUUUAACAGACAUUCCCAAAGUGGACCCUGAGAGUACCAUUGCUGCAGCUCUAAUGGAUAUGUAUCAGAGCAUGGGGGAUGCUCUUGCCCAGCAGUAUGGUGGAUCUGAAGCUCAUAAUACAGUCUUCCCAGAGAGGCAAGGAAAGUGGAAAGCUACUACCCAAUCUAGAGAGUUUUUGAAGUCUAUCAAGCGAUACUAUAGCAAUACUUACACUGACGGUGAAAAGCAAGAUGCAAUAAAUCUAUUUUUGGGUUACUUCCAACCACGGGAAGGGAAACCCGCUCUUUGGGAGCUUGAUUCAGAUUACUAUCUCCAUGUGUCUGGGAUGGGAGAUGAUUUUUUCCUGGAUAAGUGUUUGCUAGCUAAUGCCAUGCCUGUUGGAGGUGCUAGAGUUACUUUGGCCCCUAUUUCAGCUUGCAGGGAAGACUUCUUGCGGAUGAAGUUGACAUCAUUUGAUAAGUUGAUACAAAGGACAUGUAGUUUAGUAAGGAAUGUAAGACUUUGUAGAGAAACAGAUCACAGACAUGGUUCUGGCAUAGGAAAUUCCAGUGUGGCACCUGAUGCAGCUGAAAUACAGCUCAAAAGCCCAAAUUGGCUUUUUGGUCAGAGAAAGCAUGAAGAUAGUGCCUCAGCUCCCAAAGUUUCUUCGCAUGAAAUUGCAAGUGGAGGAUCUCAGGCUGACAGAAGAGUUGAUGGUUUAUGUGACCUAAAUUGGCUUUCUUCUGCUAGCGAUACCAAUGAAGAGGAAAUUUUCCAGAGGUACCUUGCAAUGACAUCCGUUGAUGAGGGAAAUGGUUGGUAUGGUGGUACGCUGCUUGGUGAUCAAGACAAAAACAGUGAGAUAUAUAAGCAUUAUGCUGCAUUAUGUCAGGGCCCUGCAAUGGAACCUAUCCAAAAUGAUGCUGAGAGGGAGGAGCAAUAUGCUGAUGUCCUACACUUGGGCUCAAUUGACAUUGUAGAUGAUAAUGCUGUUGAAGCAGAGAUGGCAGCAGCUCUCAAGGAGUAUGAUCAAAUCGGUGCAGAUCUUGGAGUCAUCCCUUCGACUUGUAAAUACUUUACUGAAGAUCCAAGCUGGUUGACAAGAUUGAUAAUUGGGGAAGAGGAGGUGCAAAGAAUCUGAAAAGAACUUUCCAGUCUUGCAAACAUUUCUGGAAAAGAUUGUUAUGUACAGUAGAGGUUUUCUAUUAUUUUCUUUAUUCCAUUGUAUUGAUUUUUUGAUUUGUAUCUGGAAUCCUCUAAUUUUUUUGCUUUGGGUUAAAAGUUAAUUAACCCUAAUACGCACGAAUUAUAUAUAGGCUUACCCAAAAUACAAUAUGAUCCACAUACCCUUACCAUUUAAAGAACAUUACUCAUAACAAUCCUCCGUAAACUGGAGCAUAUAUAUUGUUAAUUGAUGAUGUAUAAAUGACAGAAAUGAUGUGUUGGAAUUUC